AUGGGUAGCAUAGCAGCAAAUCCUUUCCAAGAUGUGCCAGCGGGCCGAACAGAGGGCCUCGAAGCUCUUAUUACGCAGUUCCGAGAGGAUACAGAUCCCAACAGAACUGAUCUCUUAGUGGGUGUGUACAAAACGGACGAAGGGAAAGCAAUAAUUUCAACGCAAACACUCGGCGCAAGUGGCGGGUGCCAUGUCGGCGCAGUUAUGUUGAAAAAUCAUUACGGACCGUGGAAGGAGAAUGGGAACCCCGAGAUAUUUCUUCCCAGCGAGUCAUGGUUGAAUCAUCCUUUCCUAUUCCAGUCUGCGGGAAUUAAGGCUAGUUUUCUGCCAUAUCUUAGCAGCAAAACAAACAAAUUCGAUUUUGCAAGCUUUACAGAAGCUAUUAAAUUGUUACCAGCUCAAUCUGUCAUUCUUCUCCAGUCUGGAGCCCAGAACCCAACUGGAUGUGAUCCCUCACCAGAUCAAUGGCAAGAGCUAGCCUCGAUCUUCAUACAGGGCGGUCAUUUGGCAUUCUUCGAUGCUGCAUAUCCCGGUUUCGCCUCAGGGGACAUUGACACGGAUCUUGAAGGCGUUCGUUUGUUUGCUGAGCGAGAAAUCCCGCUUGUUUUCGUCUCAACAUACGGUAAGUGUUUUGGUCUCUACAGCGAACGCGUUGGAAUUCUCUCGAUUCUUGCUCCAAGCGAGGAAGUCGGAAAGAGAAUAGAAAGGCACAUGAAACUACUCGCACGAGCAGAGUCCGGCGCGCCGCCUGAUUUCGGGUCCAAAAUUGUUGAAACGGUUCUAUCAGAUGAUAUUUUGCAGCUCCAAUGGCGGCAAGAAGUGCGAGAUAUGGCGAAUCAACUUAAGAGUCGUCGAAUUGCGCUAAGAGAAGGAUUGGAGAAAUUGGAAACACCAGGUAACUGGCAGCAUAUCACUGAUCAGAACGGAAUGUUUUCAUAUGUUGGACUAUCCGUGGAACAAGUCACACUGCUCCGAAACAAGUAUCAUGUUUACCUUCAGGAUUCUGGAAGAAUAUCUAUCGCUGGGCUCAAUAAGUUCAAUAUCGACUACACUGCUCGCAGUAUUAGCGCUGUUGUCAAAGCUACAAAACCAGAAUGA